GCGGAAAAGUUUGAUCUUAGAUUUCACUAAACAGAUCACCAAUAAUAUAUACCUAUAAACAAUCUUCUUUUCAAAAGAAGAAUGACUGAAGCUAGGCAAACACCUUCAUAGGAUGUAGUCUGAUUUGAUUUUCUUCAGAACAGAACAAAAGAAAAGCUAGAAAACGCCCUAGACUGAAGUUCUCUAAACACCUUCUCUUGACAAGAACUUAGGGCUUUAAAUUCCGGGAAAUAACUAUUGAGCCGUGUAAUAAAGACAUGAAAACGUAGGAAACCAUGAAAUGAGAAUUGCAAUGAUGCAAGAAAGGUUACUGCAAGUUUGUAAAGUUCACAAAAUGCUGAAAGAUUGUUUUGCAGUAGUUACUGCAUUUACAAUUAGAGGCUUUGAAUCUGUUGUGCACUUGUCCAACAAGAAAUGCAGGUCAAAAUCCGACCUUUCCAACCCUGCAGGAUCCAGUGGCCAUCUUCCAUAUAAAGAAAGUCUUUGUGGUAUUCUACCCUCGCCUUCCUUAUGUAAUUCUCAGUCUUCUUCAUAACUUUAGAGUUGAUGGGUAUAGGGCUGAAGCCAGCCCUCAUAAUGCGAGAGUGCCACUGCCUGUAUGUUUCAGGCCUUAACAAUCGUUCCAUGCCCUCACAUGCAAUGAUAUUCAUUAUCUCACGUCCCGUCAUUUCUUUUUCCAUAAUCGACCUCUCAUGACUAUGACUUGAUAAAGUAGCAUCAUACAUAUCAAAUGCAGUAGAGUAGAAGAAGAGAGCCUCCCGAAACCGAGUGGGAAAGAAAGGAGAGCUGAGAGCACCACUACGCUGAGACGGCACAAAUAUAUGAGGAUUUACUUCCCGGAUUAAGUUUAAAAGUGCAUCCUUAGGGUUGUCCCCAACAACUGCUGUUUCAUCCAAUAGGUAAUCCAAUCCGCCUGUGCAAUUAACAGCAACCACCUCAUCACUCACAAGCUUGAAGUCAUCAAUUUUAAGUGCUUCCCAAUUUUUUGAUGUUAUGGAGUUGUACUCAAACGGUAUACCAAAACGCUCGCAAUAUUUUGCUAAGCGAAAACCAGUCUCUUCUACCAUUUGUGAUGGACGAAAACCAGGUUGGGGAAGCUCAACCCCUGUAAUUCGAAGUUUUGGAGGGCCACCGGGUCUUUGAGAAAGAUCACGUAUGAGAGUAGGCCAAUGGACACCGUAAACAAUACCAAAAUCUAUAAUGUGGAGUGAUGCACAUUCUGAUGCUACUUCAUAAAUCAUGUUAUUCGCAAAGAAAAUUGAAACUCUCAUAAAUGGCAAAGAUGACAAGUAGACUUUUUGAAACUCAGAGACUACGAUAUUAGGAGAAAUAGCUGCAUUCAGCUGCGUGCCAGUUCCAGCCAGUCGUGCCUCAAGACUUUCAGCAAAUAAGUUCGCCAGCCUCUGUUUUGCAUCGCCAUUAGGCGAAGAGUGCUUCCUGAUCUUCUUUAGUUCAUCUUCUGCAUCCCUAUAAUUAGAAGAAGAAACAAAUGUUACACAACUGAUUAAAAGAGACUCCAGAUCCACAAUUUCACAACUAUCUCCUCUUUUCUUUGAAUGACUCUUGCGGCCACUUCGCCCUUUGUGUUGUGUGCGGCCUACUCUAGAGGAAGAGUCAUUAUCAUCACUACACAGUAAAACCUUAUCAAAAACCUCUGAUAACUCAACAUCCUCAAACACUGCAGAGUGCUUGCUUUUUCUUUCUUCUUCCAACUCACUUUCAUCUGGAUGGUGAUGCUUCUUUCCUCUACACGACUCAGCUGAUUGGUUGUCCUUCUCUAUAUUGACAAUGGUACCUCUACCCUCUGGAGGCAACGGGUAUUUACCAGCUUCCCUCACACCUCUCGGUAAUUUCACGAUGGAGUCAGUGUGUUCAUCACAAAAUAUAUUGGGAACCGAAUUAAGACUAUCAAGGCUCCAAAAAGAACUGUUUAGCUCAUCAAAGCUGCUAGUCUGCCUUGAUGAAGACCGGGUGGCGAGUUCAGGAGGAUCACAUGCAACAGAUGAUUUAGAUGCAAUGGGAUCAACACCAAAGCUCCAAUCAGAUGUGACAGAUGAUUUAGAUUCAAUGUGAUCAACAUCAUCACCGGAGCUCCCAAAUGUGACACCUGAGCUUCCAGAGUUACUGUGAAAAGAUAAGGAAGUAUUACCAGUCAAGGCUUCAUAAAAGGAAUUCUCCGUAGCACUAAGAGUAAUGGGAUCAAAGAGCAUGUUCUCGUUGUUGUCCCAAUCAAUGCUAUCCUCUUCCAGUAGAAUCUGGCUGAUGUAGUCCAGCCCGGGAUCAGAGUCCAAAGCAGGGGCAUUAGUACCAAGGGAAUGCAUAUCAUGGCUGUCUGGAAUGUGCAGUGAUUGUUGAAGGGUGGAAAAAAUGAUCCCAUUCUCCAACUCCAAUCUGUUUAUAGUGCAGUCAGGCAGCCUUCUGAAUCUAUCAUCCAUAACUUUCUGUGAUCAGAAACCAAGCUGUACCCACAUUUGAGAGAUGGGUAAAGAGGCAAAUAAAUAGAAUAAUACUCCAGUAUGAACUUGGGUGAGCUUAGCUUGGCCACCGAAUUAAUUAUCUGUGGCAAUUUGUUGGUAUGGAAACGUGAUCUCUGUCUGAGAUUUAAGAACUCAAUAACUGACCGCUCCGUAUAUAGUACGUGUAUAACAACACGCGUGCGUAAGGUAUUCGUUGAAGGGAACUUUGAUGUAGAUUUAUCAUUUGAUUUUCUAAGACUUUCUUCACUCUACUUAGGUACGAGGUACUAGGUAUAUCAUUAUUUCUGCAAUAAAUCAAUCCCUCUUUAAGUAUAUCUAGAGAAAUCAAUCCACACGGGUAACUCAGUUGAUUCAGUGGUGAGAAAUUUGGAUCAAGUGACCAAGGUUCGAAACCCGCAGCGGCCGUGUGGAGGUCAAAGAACCUGAAAUAAGGCUAGGCAUCUGGUGCCACGAGAAAAGGCCUACCAUCAUUGGACCGACUGAGUCACCAUGAUUAACAUCAUCCCAAAAAUCUUGUCGGAUCGGGAUAUGAGGAGCUUCUGGGGUGGGAGAUUACACAUUUUUGGACCAAGAGAAAUGAUCCUAAGUAGGACUAGAACUUACGUAAUACUCCGUAUAUCUAAAUAGAAGCUAAAUGAUUUUUAUACCAAAAUAGGACUAUAUUUUUCCGUCCUUCCAGUUACCCCUAAUUUAUUAGGGAGUAAUUUGCCUCCUCUUCCGUAGUUCCGUGUCGACAAACCUAGUUACCCAGCCAAGCUUCUCUUUCGACUGUGGGAGCGGCUCCUUGGCAGAACAACCUGGAGCGGAAUUCGGAUAUGGGAAGCUGAAUCAGAUUAGGUGGGGAGGUGGCGCGACGGCACUGCGGCAGGUCUGAGCUGACGGCAAAAGAGACGCGCGAUGGACGGAAAGGGCGAGGUACAGUGCAGCUCUGGCGAAGAUUUUUCAGAUCCCUUCUUCUGUUUUCCUGCUCCUCAUCCUUCUCUCGUCUUCUUCUUUUCUCCUAUUGCAGCAGUUUUUCUCUUGCUUCUUCUUCUCAUCCGUAAAUGCUUUGUUUUUUCUUCCAUCUUUUGUUUAAUUUGUUCCCUGUUGUUGUAUUUCCGUUUUGUCUUGCUGUUCUUUUCCUAUUUUACUUUACCAAAUUGUAAUUUUGUUUCAUUUAUUUUUAAUAUGCAUUUUUUUUUCAUUAAUUCAUUUUAACCAUUUAGCCAUCUCCAUCCAAAAAAAACCAUUUUGCUUUGGGGUGGUGAGACAUGAAAGAGGAUCAAUUCAGAACAUGAAAAACAUGAAAGUAGUUGGCUUUAAUGUGUCAAUGUCAUCGGAGAUCGAAGCUUGCAUUGUUAUUUUAUUCAUUAAUAAAUUUAAUUACUAAAUAUGGUGCUAUGUGUUACAUACUCGUACUCCCUUCAUCUCUGUAAUUGUCUCAUUUUUCAUUUUUGGAUGUCCCUUUAUUAUUGUCUCAUACCCUAUUUGUUAACAUUUGUGUGAUUCUAAUUCAUUCUUACUUUAUUUCCACUUUAUCAACUCAUUACCAAUCACAUAAUUCUAUUUUUCUUAAAAACCACAUCACUCCCUUCCGUAUCAAUAUUAGGAGGGCGGAGGGAGUACUACAUAAAAAUUGGGAGCAACUCCAAUGCAAGGGUGUGAGUCUCUUACAUACCCUUACGCAUGGGUCCCAUUUUUUAUCUCAUAAUUUUAUGUGUAGGUCCCACGUAUUCCUAAUUUAUUUUUCAUUUUUCAUUUUUUUAUAUCACUUUUAAACCACUUUUCAUCAACUUUUCCUCAUCGAAUCCCGUGUAUGAUCCAUAUAUGGACCUUGUCAUAGACUUUGGUCCAUUUUUACCUCUAUCUCUCUUCUCUUUUUCAUUUUUCUCUAGACACCACUUCAUCCAAAUAUUUAUUCUAUCUGUAUCUCUCUCCCAUGCCACGUCAGCUGCAAUGCACCCUCCCAUUGGAGAUGUUCUAAGCUGCUGCGAAGUGCGAAUGUAUUUGUACGGAGCAGGAGUACUGAGGACAUAGAUGGUGCUUAUUUUUUUAGAGAAUUUCUAAUUUUAAGUAAAAUAUACUCUUGAGUUUUAAAUUUUCUCGACUUGGUGGAAAUAGGUAUAUUUACCACGAGCUACUUAUUUACAAUGAUAUUGAUAUUAAUACAUUAUUGUUGAUAAAUGAUUUUAAUAAAGUGAUUGUCAUAUUGAUUGACAUUCUUAUGACAUUGUUAUUGACAUUUUUAUGACAUUGUCAUGGACAUUCUUAUGACAUUGUCAUUGACGUUCGUAUGACAUUGUCACUGACAUCGUUUUCUAUUGACAUUCUUAUGACAUUGUCAUUGACACUAUUAUGACAUUGUCACUAACAUUGUUUUGUAUUGACAUUCUUAUUACUUUGUCAUUGAUAUUUUUAUGAUAUUAUCAUUAUUAUUAUUACAAUGUCGUAAUAUGUAAUAUUGACAUUGUCAUUACUUGACAUUGUGUCACUUUUCAUAACCG